AUGCCCUUCGACACUUCUGUCCUGCAGAAGGUGCCCUUCGAGCCGAAGCACGAGGCUUCAAGCGACGCUGCAAGGGCUCUGAUUCCAAAGUUCCUCUAUCAAGACCCCAACGAUGCCUCACUUCCAGAGAUCAAGGAACGCAUGUGUGGUGAACGACGACGGUUAAGGAUUGUUGUUGUAGGAGCUGGACUUACCGGCUUGGCCUUCUUGCACUACCUGUUCGACGCAAUACCGGAGGGAAGCGUCGAUUUGGCUCUUUAUGAGCGCAACGAGGAUGUUGGUGGUGUGUGGUUGACAACGCGCUAUCCUGGUGUACGAAGUGACAUUCCUGGUCCUAAUUAUCAGUUCAACUGGCGGCCGCAUGUAUGGACACAGUUCUAUCAGCCUGGUGCAGAGACGCGAGACUAUCUGCAGGCUGUAGCGCGCGAAAAUGGCUUCUAUCGCUUCAUGCACUUUAAGCACGAGGCCGUGCGAGCAUCCUGGAGUGAUGAGACAGCCAAGUGGACAAUCACCCUCAAAAAUCAUGCCAAUGGACUGUCAUUUGAUGAUGUAGCGGACCUCUUCGUCGAACUGAAUGGACCAGUCAGCGAUCCGAAGCUCACAGUGCCUGGCAUUGAGAAGUUUGAGGGCGAGGUCAUUCAUUCCGGGGCCUGGAGAGACGACCUUGACCUCGGUGGCGAGCGAGUUGCCUUGCUCGGAUACGGGUCCUCGGGCGUGCAAAUCGUACCGAACAUCAUCAAUGAUGUAUCCAAGCUGUAUACGUGGUUCAGGAGUAAACUGUACUUGAAUCCCCCGUUCUACGGAGAAUACUCUGCUGCAGAUGGUACGAACUUCAGGUACACGAAUGAGCAGACAGCUCUAUUGCAAGAUCGAGAUGUGUAUCUUGCAUAUCGAAAGGAAAUGGAUGGUUCGUCAAACCCCAGAUUUCAGAUGAUGGUACAUGGCAACCCAAUGUCGCACAAGGUCAAAGAGCUCGUGGCAGGUUACAUGAGGGAGAAGCUGGCGCCCAAGUCGGGACUGGCAGACGCGAUCAUCCCGCAGGACUUCGAUAUGGGAUGCAGACGUCCGACCUUAUGUCAUGGCUACCUCGAAGCACUUCCCGACCGCAAGACUACCGUCUUCCUCGAGGAACUCAAGCACUUCACAGCCAUAGGCUUCCUCGACAAUUCCGGCGCCGAGCACGAAGUCGACCUCAUCAUCGCAGCAACAGGCUACGACCAAGACCACAAGCCUCGCUAUCCGAAAGUGGUCAAUGGCGAAGACAUGGGCACGAAAUGGGCACCAGACCUACAUCCGCGAUCAUACAUGGCAGUCUGCCUAGAAGGCAUGCCGAACUACUUCAACUCUAGCGCGGCAUACACCCCCGUCUACCGUAGCUGGUACCAAGCCGCUGAAGCAUCAACGCAAUACAUGGUCAAGAUUAUCGACAAAAUGCAACUUGAGCAUAUGGUCAGUUUCCGGCCCACUCCCAAAGCUGUAGACCAUUUCGUGAGGCACUCCAACGCCUUCAUGCAGCGUAUGAUCCAAAGUGGACCUUGCUCAAGCUGGUAUAAGAACAAAGACGGGAGACCGCACAUGUGGCCGGGCAAUCACAGUCACUAUAUGCGAUGUUACCAGCAUCUUCGUGGUGAGGAUUUUGAGUGGAGGUAUGAAGAUGAGGACGAUGUGUUCUCUUGGAUGGGAAAUGGGUUCGAUUGGGACGCGAAUGGGAAGGAAGGUGGUGAUUCGACUUGGUAUAUCGAGAAGCCUGGGAGAGAGGUCAGCGCUGAGGAAGUUGAAAAGCUGCUGGGUAUUCACGGAGAGGCUUUGCCGCCGCCCAACAUCAAGAGCGGGAACGAUGGGGCGAAGCAAGCGGCGGGGCAUUAA